UCCUCCCCCCACACGUGGAGCUGCUGCCUGCAGCAUGUGGAGAAUGCAUGCACGGCUAAUGGCAGUCUGCCUGUACACUAGCCACCGCGCGCGAGGAAGCUAGCCAUUAUAGCGCUAGCGUCCAUUAAGCUGCCCUUCACCUGACAUCCUCAGCAGAAGAAUAAGUCUAUCAUUAUAAGAUGCCCAAGGAGCUUGUACCGUGUGUCUGGGUGGAGGAGGCCUGUCUGUUUCGUCAACAACCAGUGGAUAUGUGUAGCUUGUGUGAACGUCCCUUCUCUCUCUUCAACAACCUUCGUCAUUGUGACUAUUGUGGGAAGGUCUUCCAUCGCAGAGACUGCUCCAGUACCAGUGGCCUGGGCAGACGCAGAGCGUGCAGUCACUGUGAUGACUACCGGAGCAUGCUGAGAGACAAACUGAGCAAUGGAGAAGUGUUUGAGUGUGUGAGUGAGUGCUUGGAUGUUCAACUGUCCCUGUGUGAGGCAACUGGAGAGCUGGUUCUGCACUGGACUGCAUUAGGUAUAAAAGAGACAGUGGACUUGCUCAAUGUGGAGCUAAGGAAAGGCUUCACCUCACACACACGCUAUGGAGUGUAUGAGCCUCUCAAGAGUGUGUCCCUAGUCAUUAGAGACACUGCAUUUACUGUGUGUAAGGUGCUCAACCUCAAGGCAGCCAAUGCUUGGACCUGCCAACUGUGGGCGGAUGGGAUCAAGACAGCACAGUAUGUGUAUCGAUGUAUGCUACAUCAAGAGAGAACAAGACUUCACUAUCUAGAGAAUGGGGUCAAAGUUCAAGCAAGCUGGUUCACUACAUACUACCUCAUCGACUCACUGGCCCCUACCACUACACCACCCACCACCCUAAGACCCUCACAACAUACCCACACACCACCCUCACACCACGCCCACACACUCCCAUCACACCUCAAGAGACGGUCCCCUCUCUCCUCACCCUCAACCAAUCGAGUGUUUGCAUCCAUUGACUCUGGAUACUGCUCUGAUGCUCGUCCAUGGGAGGUUAAAAGUCACCGUGGCAGUCUACCUAUCUGGUUGUCUGCUAGUUCGCUGGACUCUCCCCCACACGCCCACUCAUGGCACACUCUCCCCUAUCGUUACUCCCCCCUCUCAGAGCUUUGUCGCUGCCAUGACUAUGAGGUGGUGCCUUCUCGGAGCAUUGAUGUUGGUUCAAAUGUCACUCCACCACUGUCACUAGAGAGCCGGUGUUGCAGACAGUGUGUGGACACUUGUAGACUAGCAGAAGACUUAGACAAUCUCUAGCUCUGUACUUGUACUGACAUACUUGUAUCUACCCCCAACACCUUUAUGCUAUUAUUUAUUUUGUACUAUUGUAAAACGCUGCCAAACAACUUAAUCAAAAAUUGAAUGAACACAAAAUAAUUAUGAAGAAUGAAAA